GGCCCGUGGAGCAACAAGCGUGCGGCGUGUUUACAGUUCCGCCGUGUGGAGGAAGAUGCCCUGGUGCAGACAGCAGGCCGCAGACGAGCUGGUCCGGGAGUUUCUGCGCUCAGGGUCCUCCGCCAGGAAUAAGAUGAUGAAGAACUGGGGCGUGAUCGGCGGGAUAGCCGCAGCCAUGGCCGCAGGGGUGUACGUCCUUUGGGGCCCAAUCACAGACAGGAAGAAGAAGCGGAAAGGUAUGGUGCCCGGGCUCCUGAACCUGGGCAACACUUGCUUCAUGAACUCGCUGCUGCAGGGCCUGGCCGCCUGCCCGUCCUUCAUCAGAUGGCUGGAAGACUUUAGCCAGAGCAGCGUCAGUCUAGCCAGGCCAGAGACGGACACUCGGCUGUCUAGAACCCUGCUGCAGUUGCUUAAAGCUCUGUCCAGUCACGAGCCUGUGGAGGACGACGUGCUGGACGCUGGAUGCCUGUUAGAAGCUCUUCGGCUACACAGAUGGCACAUUAGCUCCUUUGAGGAACAGGACGCUCAUGAGCUAUUUCACGUCCUCACCUCCUCGCUGGAGGAGGAGCGCGGCCGGCGGCCCAAAGUCACUCACCUGUUCGACAUGGAAACGCUGGAGAAGUCUGUGGAGUCCAGUGAAAAAACAAUAAGCUGCAGGAGUCGAGGACCGCUGCAUCCUAUUCCCAGCCUCUGGAGGACUCAGCAUCCUUUCCAUGGACGCUUAACAAGCUACAUGGCCUGUAAACACUGUGAGCGGCAGAGUCCAGUGCGUUACGAUUCGUUCGACAGCCUCUCUCUCUCCAUUCCUGCCGUUCAGUGGGGUCGGCCGCUCACUCUGGAUCAGUGUCUUCAGCAUUUCAUCUCUUCUGAAACCAUUAAGGAGGUGGAGUGUGAAAACUGCACCAAGACGCAGGCCGGCGAGGUGGUGAACGGACAGGUCGUUGAGAGCCAGAGGACGACGUUCAUUAAGCAGCUUAAGCUCGGAAAGCUUCCACAGUGUCUGUGCAUCCACCUGCAGAGGCUGACCUGGUCCACUGAGGGCGCUCCGAUAAAGAGACAGGAACAUGUUCAGUUCUCUGAGUAUCUGAGUAUGGACCGUUAUAAACACUGCAGUGCAGCUCAGAGGCUCCAGAAGCCCAGAAGAGCCCCUAAACCCAGCAGCAGCGACGCGACAGGAGACUCGCACGACCAGACCGUCGUCAACGGUGUCGACCCAGAGCAUCACAACAACAACAAACCUCUCACAAACGGAGCCUUCUCGUCCGUCUUCAUCCGUUCUCCUGGACUCGGUCCUCAGCUCAACCUCACAUAUGACUACAGCUCGUCAGAGUACCUGUUCCGGUUGACCGCUGUGCUGGUGCACCAUGGAGACAUGCACUCGGGCCACUUCAUCACGUACCGCCGUGGACCGCCCUCCCCCCGCAGCCCCUCCCCCUUCGGUCUCCAGUGGCUGUGGGUGUCGGACGACUCGGUGCGCAAAGCCAGCCUGCAGGAGGCGCUCUCCUCCAGCGCGUACCUGCUGUUCUACGAGCGCGUGCGGAGCCGACCCGGCCUGCUCGCAGAGGAGUAACUGCAAACCUGCCGAUUGGCCACUUUUACUUCGCGUACUGCUGGGAAUAGUCGUACCAAAACAAGGCGCAGCCGUGGGGCCGGCGAUCUGCCAAGGAGCUGAUUUAAAACUGUUUUUGAAGGAAGAAUUGAGGCCUCACGCUGCACCUCGUGGUGUCUUUCGGAUAGAAAUAGCAUUACUAGCACCACAUGAGCACCAACUUGGAGCUCCUCCUCAGCGUUCACAGUGCAGAGACCAUGGUCUGCUUUCAUGGUGUUUCCCCGGCCACCUCUGUUUGUUGUGUAGGACCCUAGAAUUUCCUUGAGAUUGUGGGCUAAAUGAAGCGCAUCAAAGCAGAAAGACUGCUGAAGAAGGGAAAUUCCACUGAUUUUUCUUUUUUAUUUAUUUUUUCCCCCCUCAUUUCUGCGUAAUCAAACGGCUGAGAUGGGAAGUCAGUCAGAGUUGUUUGGUGUGAAGUGGUUGAUUUGUCAAGGCUCUUUACAGUGGUGGUGAUAGGAACCAGGGGUCACCGUGACUACAUCCAAAACCACCAGUGAGCCUACAGUCUUCUGAGAUUUAUCUGGAACGUUGAUGAUGGUAAAACAGAAAUAGGUUUUCUCUGGGGACUAUUUAGCCUCACAGCACCUUACAUGUACCCCUCCACCAUGAAUGGAUUAAAAAAAAAAAAAAAAAAAAGGGUUUUAGACGGAAGUCUUCAGUUUCUCAGAAAUCACCGUCUCCUGUAAAAACUUUUUGUGAGGGAGCUUUUAGAGGUGGACGUCUGGUUCCUAUCACCACCACUGUGAACAGCUCUGACUUUACAUCUUGACCAUUUCAUUAUACUGGAGUUUUGGAUAGUCGGUGGAAUUCCCCUUCAGACGUUAAGUCGAUUUAGGAUGUUCGUGUUGCUGCAUUGUUUUAAAAACAGCCCACGAUUUCUAGCUGCUAAUGAAUUGUGUGCUUUAGCAUGCAAUGGUAGAGUUAAACGACGACAAACCAGCCUUCUUUGGCGAUGUUGGUACUCAGUGUUGGUGGAAUGACUUCACGGACCAUCCUGAUCUGGACCAGUAGCCUUGGGUCGUUUUAGAGUUAACCACCGUCGAUUUCCUUGUACAGCUGUCUGUCAAACCGUGUCAUAAUCAUUUAGCAGAGCUGCCAAGGAUGAUCGCUCCUUUCCUUCAGCAAAUAACCAGUGGACUUCUCUCUGUCGGAGAGGCGAGCAACUGAGUGCAUGUGUGAACCUACUUUUGCACAUAUACUGUGUGGAGUUCUUAGUGUUUGACUUUCCCCCUGUGCCAACUUCUAGUCAGGAUACAACUUUAAAGGGCAAUUCCACUCAUUUUCUGUGUAAUUCAGUGGUUGAGAUGUUAAAUCAUUGAGUGGUUUGAUGUUACAUGGUUAACUCUGUGGAAACAUAGCAAGUCACAGCCGUGGUGAUGGGAACCAGGGGUCGCGAUGAGCCCAUCAGCGAAACCCUUCUAAAGCUGCUCUAUGUACGACUUGAUUUCUUGUUCAAAUUGAAAGAAGUAGCAUUUCUGAGUCAGGAGGCUAAAAACAGGCAAAAUGAGAUGUACAAGUCGCCGUUUGAAGUCCGAACCCAUUGUAAGUUUUUGCGUAUUAAUGUCACACGCACAGCCUCAAAAAGAAGGUCCAGCUCGAUGUUUAGGUCUCAAAUCCACAAUCCAUUUUAUACUGAUGAAGAAGAUUUGAUGACCGUAGUAGAUAAUUCAAUGACGUCGUCGGACGACACGUUUUUCACCGAGUUUUGACUGAAUUCUCCUUCACUUAUUAGAUUAAUCCGCUCAGCGAAGGGGUUUAAAGCACAGCCCACAUUAGUGUUCUUCCACACGUUGCAUGCAAUUACACACUUCCACUAGAGGGGUCUCCAAAUGCCAAAAGCUUACAUGUUGCAGCUUAAAAUUGGGACACUGUUUCUUAGCGACCUCUUUUAUAGCCUCUUGUCAAAAUAAUAAAAUAGGUAAAGGUUACUUUAAGUUAGCCUACAAGCUACUGUUGCUCUAACCGACUCUUAUUAGACUGAGAUCUGAAAUUUUGCUAGUUUUUUAAAAACUUGGACAGAACCAGAAAGCCUGGAAGCUGCAGCACGGCUUUAUCGUUUUAGCAAACAUGAGGAGUUUAGCAAUCGCAAUGCUGCCUUACUCUGCUUUAGAAUGUUUUAAAGCCGGACGGUGUGUCCCUAUACUGUCGUCAGUCCGAACGAGCCUAGAAACUACAUGUAAUGUUGAAGAUAGCAUAGUAGUUUCUAGGUAGGUUUCUGGGGACUAUUUUGCCUUGUAACUCACUGCGUGAAUCCCUCCACCAUAAAUGUUUUUUUUUAAUAUGUAUACGUAAAAUAAAAGAUAUCAGUCAGUGAAUUAAUGUCAAUUUCAUGUAGGACCUUUCUGUGAGGAGCUUUUAGAGGUGGACGUCUGGUUCCUAUCACCACCACAGAGGACAAUUCUGACUCUGCAAGUUUCUCUAGAACAGAGCGUUUCACACCAAACCAUCCUGGACGACUCAGAUCUAAACAUCUGAUAGAUUCCACUUUUAGUCCUUUUAAAGAAGCUGACUAGAUGAGAAGAAUCUAUGCCUGUUGUUCGUAGUGGACCGUUUGUCAAAGCCCUUCGUUCCAGGGCUGUGUCGACUACCGCGGAACCAAAUAUUGUCUGUCCAGUAAUCGGACCCGUUCAGGAGAAGCCCGCGGCCGUGGCGCACGUGGGCACACCAUGUGCAGUACUGUUUGAAGAGUAAAACCACAUUGUAUGAUAAUUGUACGUUAAGCCAUUUGCACUGAGAUCUAUUUUUAUGAUGACUUGUUGCCGCGUGUAUGAUUGUAAGAAUGGAUUUUGAAUGUUUUCUCACAUUUAAAUUAUGCUUAAUAAAUUUCUGCAACUGUAA